GGGGAUUCCUGGCCGCGCUGCUGUGACGCAGCGCUCGCCCCGCGGCACGUGCGCCGGGUGAGGCCUCUCCCCGCUGUGGCGUCCGGAGCAGUUCCCCCGCUCGCUCGGCUCAGGGCCCGGCGGGACGCAGCGAUCUCCCCGCUAGGCGAUGGGCAAGAGCAGGGCGAAGGUGCCGCGGCUGCAGAGCGUGUUCCACGUGGCCAACAGCAAACUCCGCAAGGCCAAGGCCAAGCGCGUCACCACGGGCCUGAAGAAGAUAAACAUUGUGAAUAAUGAAAAAAUUAGCAUGGUAGACAAAGCAUUUACUGAAGUACAGAAAGAAGUCAAGCAACUAUCAAAAGGAAUUUCAGCAGAAUCUCAAAAGGGACAUCUGGUUUCUAAACCCCUGGAAAGUGAACCAGCCAACGUGGAUGCUGCUACAGAUUUAUUAUCUCAGUUGUAAUGCACAAUGGCAGAGCUACAGAUUUCAAAGCCAAAUACAAUGAUGAAAACUA